AUGCUAGAGAAAAGAAAAUUCAUUGUCAAUUUACUGGACAAAACAUGUGAAUGUAACCGGUUCCAGCAAGAUGAAAUCCCAUGUGCUCAUGCAAUAGUUGUAUUCUCGAAAAGAGGACUGCGAGUUUAUGACUAUGUUGCAGACUACUACAAAAUAGACAAAAUGAAAGCAACAUAUGACACAACAGCAAACCCAUUAUCAAAUGAAAGUGAAUGGACACUGCCUAAGUGCUUGGAAAUGUUAGUUCUACCACCAGACACAAAAAAGCAAGCAGGGAGACCUAGGAGAAGAAGAAUGAGAUCAAAAGGAGAGUCAAAGGAACAAAUAAAGUGUGGACAUUAUAAAAAGACAGGCCACAACAGAAAGACAUGCACUAAUCUAGCUCUACCACCAAAAUAA